GACUCACACUGUCAUCAUAAGGAGGCGUAGCGACGCAACAUCUCCCUCCCACCGGGUAAACUAGUCUGUAAUCACAACUGUCCUCAUCGCGUCGACCGCGCUGUGACGUGAUUCACGACUCCACGGGAGGAAAUCCCCACGGCAGAAAGAGAAAGAGACGGGAGGCCCCUUUAAAUCGACGCAUUUUCUUCCUCCUUGGUGGGGUGCCAAGUACGGUAGAGAGGCAGAGAAAAGGCUGAGAGAAAGAGCUCCGAACAACAACAACAACAACAACACAGCCACGGCUCUCAGCUGGCACAUUUUCACCGAUUCAGCUCUUUACCGCGGCGUUUGGAAACCCAGGCCUCUACACGUUUCGGUGUUGAGAACCAUUGCGGAAGUGGUGAGAGUCUUCUCCUCGACGCGACAGCGAUACGCUUGGGUCUGUGCUGACACCUAGCGGCCGAACCGGAGAACCGCAGCAUGUACGGAGCUUCAGGAAUCCCCGAGCUGAUCCCACACAGCGGGCCGCCCCGGCAGCCCGGCCCGGCGGGUCAGUUCAACCCGGGACACCCGCAGGCAGACGGACACGACGGCGGGGCGAACGCCCAGAGGCUCGGACAGAGGGCUCCGAAACUGGGUCAGAUCGGCCGGUCCAAAAAAGUGGAUCUGGACGAUGAAGACCUGGACGACCUCAUGAACAACAACGGCCAGUGCCCCGUCUCCCUGUCGCCCAUCUCCUAACUUCACCUCUCAGAAGUGCCAGAAACCCGUUCCAGUCAGCGCUCCUGGUCCAAAGUGUCCUCUGGAGCUGCUGACGGCUCCGACCCGGCUCAUUUAGCGCCGCCUGAACGGAGCCCUGCUUGUACAUAGUGUCUAUUUAACUUCGCUCAGACUGUGAAUAAAUGAAUCUCUGUACCUCUGUA